GGUACCUACGUUUUUUCCGCGCAGAUAAAUAUGGCCAAAUUUAUUUGUAGUACUUGUUAAAUGUUCGCGUAGUUCGCGUGUCAAUCGGUUUAUUACGAUGUCUAUUUUAUAAUUGAAACGUGUAAAACAAAUGGAACAUUGUUAUUUACCUUAAACUUUUUAUGUAACAGUGCAAAGUUUUUAUUUGCUCAGCGUAUCACCGCGUUUUGUGUACCAUACUUUUUGUUAUUAAUUGCAAUUAAAAAAAAUACAUAUCGACUGAUAAUGAUAUGUAUGAUAUAUAGGUAUUUAUAACGGACAAUAAUAAAUAGGUACUCAAAUGGAGGAAGGAGAAUUAGUGUUAUAUUAAAAAGUUAAUUUUUGUUUUAUUGUUGUUUUUUUUUUUUUAUUUUGUUUUAUAAUUAAUAAUGACGAAUAAAGUGUCCAAGGAAUGGUUCAUGCAAAUGCCGUGGGGGAAAGUGGCCAGUGAAGAAGGGCCAAAUUAGAAGUACCCGUAACCGGCGAGCGUGUAUGAAAAGAUUGAUGAAUGCGGAAGAAGCGAAAGAGUGAUAUCAUGGGGCGAGAGCAGCAAGCCGCCAAUACUCAUGGUGCACGGCUAUAUGGACACGGCGGCCACCUUCACACGUCUGCUGGAACAUAUGCCUGACACAUACUACUACGUCAGCUUCGACUUCCCUGGACACGGCAAAUCUGAAUAUUUACCGGUAGCACCUCCAUCUACACAGACCUUGCUGGUGGAGGUCGUAAGGCGAAUAGUGGACCACAUGGGAUGGGAGAGCUUCAUUUUCUUGGCGCAUUCCAUGGCAUUCGUUAUUGGUCUCUGCUACAAUAAUGCAUUUCCCGGAAGAAUCGAGCGCAUGAUUGCUAUCGACCCGACGAUACCACUGAGCGCCCAUUACAAUGUAUCUCAUAAUUUCCAAUGGUGGUUCAAAUUUAACUAUCAAUAUUACUAUGACAGUUAUCACAAGAACUAUAAAAAUAUGAAGAAUGCCAGCAAAUUGUACACAUAUGAGCAAGCUGUCGCCGCCAUGAUGAAAGCGCGGAGCCUCACCAGGGAGCAGGUAGAACACUUGCUGACCAGAUGUUUAGUGCCGGCUGAUAAUGGAUUAUACAGGAUGACAUUCCAAUCGGCCACUAUGCGUACGAUCUACUCCACUUGGUUACCUGAAUACGCAUUGGACUACGUAAUUAAAUCGAAUCCGCCUCCUGCCAUCAUCAUAAACGCCACAAAACACAUGCUCACCCCAGAUUUGGAGAAAUUCGCAAAGAAAUUAAUGAAAAUAUAUACGGAACCAUCCAAUGUACAUCAAAACGUUUACGCGGAGGGUAAACACGAUGUGCACAUCACCAAUCCCCAAGGUGUAGCAUCUCAUAUAAUCGAGUUUUUAAAGCGACCUAUUGCGGCCAAAUCGAAAUUAUGAUGACAAAUUUGACAUAUGACAAAAAUGGCGGGAAACGUUCGAAUCUAAUGUUUUUUUUUUUUUUUUCAUUGUAAACUACGACCGCGUGACGCGUUCGACCAGUUUCAGAGACAGAUUAGAGAGACUGUCUAACCUUUAAACAAGAAAUUACACAGAAGAAAUGAUAAAAUAAAAACUGUAAAUCAUAUGGUUGUCUCCUUUCUUCUUAUGCAAGUAUAAUUAGUAAAAAGAAGACGAAAGAUACACCAUCAGUUACUAUUUCUCUAAAUUCAUAGCAAACUAGUGUACAGAAAACGUUAUACGGCCGUAUAACCCUAUCAAAUUUUAAUUAAUUAUUUUACAAGAAUGAGAAAUUCACAGUGACCCGUAUGAAAGUUGAUGGAGGAAGCCCGAACGGAAACAGAUCGCCGUGUUACAAUGCUACAUUAAUCAGUGUUUCCAUAUACAAAAUUUACAUUGUUACUUUAUGGUUUUAGAAUAAAAAUAUUUUAUGUUAA